AUGGACCAAACCAGAAACUGGAUGUGGGAAAGAAGCAAGAACUACUCAACCAAGCCAAUCUAUUUCAACCCAAUUCUCACUUCUCCUUCUUCAUCAUCAUUUGAUUCAUGGGAGGAGUUUGCUUUCGCGAAAGAUUCUUCCGGCGAUCUAUGGGGCUGCGUAUGGCCUCCUCGAUCCUACUCGUGCACCUUUUGCUGGAGGGAGUUCAGAUCAGCUCAGGCUCUUGGUGGCCACAUGAAUGUUCAUCGCCGGGACCGUGCAAGACUCAAGCUUGAAGCUUCAAGCCCUUCUAAUGAAGAAGACAAGAACUUUUUUGUUGCUUCUUCCUUUUCAAUUCUGCCGCAGGAAGUUUCAGUUGAUUUGAACUUAAGUGAGAUGGAUUGCAAGAGAAAAAGAGAAACUUGUGGGGUUUAUGAGGUUUCGAGUAAUUGUAAGAAGCUGAAAAUUAGUGAUGAUUUGGUGUUGGGUUUGGAUAGAAAGAGUGAUGGAGAAGAUCAGCUGCAAGUUUUGAAUUCUGAUGAAGUAUUAAGGCUUAGAACAUGCCAAGUUGAAGAGUUGGAUCUGGAGCUUAGGCUUGGAGAUCCUCCAAAAGUUAAGAAGGAUUGCACCAUAAUCAUGAUAGAAUAG